CUUGCCAGGAAAAAAUUAGUAACUCUGAGGUGGUGAUAGGCUUGCGCACGCGUGCUUUGUAUUUGUGUGAGUGAACGUUCCAGGAUUUCAUUCAAUGUCAACCUGUCAGGCGAGAGUCUGGGUAGGCGGGGAGUCGCGUGGGAGUAUUUCUUUUUCCGUAUGUUUGCAGAUGGAACGUUGCACCCGGACGUCUUCAUAGCUCCUUAUUAUGAGUAUUUUGUGAAACUAUGCUACUUAGUUUAUCUGUUAACGCGUGAUCUCUGAGCUUAAUUAUCAAAAUUAACAGUUUUUAUGACAAGAUUCUAUAACGAUAACUACAUAUUUCAACAUUUGUGAAACAUAUUGUUCUGAAUUCAUUGACAAUGUGGCUAAGUUUUUUAAUUGCUGUUUCGGUAUUUAUUUGCGAAAUAAGACCAAACGAAGGUCUUGGCUUUCGAGAUCAACAGAAGAACCAUGUGGCUAAAACUUUGAGCAAUGGUGAUAUGUCAUCUCUGGCUCAGCGUUCCAAUAUGACCCAUUUCCAAGAUACCUUGGAUGGUAUAUUGAUACCAAGAGUUGUUGGGACUCCAAAUCAUAAAAUUGUUCAAGAUAGAAUUAAAAAUGCCAUGAAAAGUCUGAAAUGGCAAGUUACUAGUGACCGUUUUAGAACUGACACUCCACUAUUUGGUACACUUCAGUUUGAGAAUAUUAUUGCCACCUUAAAUCCAAAAGCUAAGCGAUAUUUAGUGCUGGCCUGUCAUUAUGAUUCCAAGUAUUUCCGAGAGGAUGACUUUAUUGGAGCAACAGAUUCAGCAGUGCCUUGUGCAAUGAUGAUAAAUUUAGCGUAUACUAUGAGCGAUCUCCUUGAUACCAUCAGAAACGAGAAUACAUUGAGUUUGAAGUUCAUCUUUUUUGAUGGUGAAGAAGCUUUUCAACAUUGGUCUAAUACAGACUCCAUUUAUGGUGCAAGGCAUUUGGCUGCCAAAUGGGAGCGCACUCCAUUUCCAAAGAACAAUAGGGAUGGGACAAAUCUUCUGCAUUCAAUUGACGUUCUUGUGCUGUUGGACCUGUUGGGUGCUCCAGAUCCUGCAUUCUACAGCUACUUUAGUGACACCAAUCGGUGGCAUGCUUUGAUGAUAAAAGCAGAAAAAACCCUGUCUGAUUUGGGUCACCUGCAGCGCUAUUCUACUGGAAAACCAGAACAAAUGUAUUUCCGAGCCCAGUCUAGAGGUGGUGGAAUUGAGGAUGAUCACAUUCCGUUCCUACUAAGAGGUGUUCCUAUUCUUCAUGUGAUUCCUCACCCUUUUCCUGAGGUAUGGCAUACUCCACGAGACAAUAGAGAUGCUGUGGAUUUAACGACAGUGGAUAAUCUCAUGAAGAUCUUGCGAGUAUUUGUGGCUAGCUACCUUGGCUUGAAUAUGUAAAUUAGUGAAGUGGAAUUUUUUCUUCAAUCAAUAUUUUGUAUAUAAGUGAUUGCUCACCAUAUUUCCUAUUCAUUCCUUUAUUUUCUUGUUUUGAAUUUUACGUAGCAAGUUACCUGUUCUGUGAUCUGUUUUAAGUACAAUGGUAUCGAAACAGCCUUGGAAAUCCCUUUCUAAACAGCUUACUUUAUAAAUAACAUAGCUGCUGGAGGUGAAAUAUGGGCAUUAAUUGAUAUUGUACUGCGGUGUUCUCAUUCCAGUGUACCUUAAUGUUGAGUGGGUUACUUGUUGAUAAUGACCUUUUUUGUUCUUUUAAAUGUUCUUAUGAAACUUUUGUGAUAAAUCUGAAUAAUAGCUGGCUAGAAUCAAAGAAUAUUUUUAUUGCCCUGAUCUUCUUGAUCUAUAAUGUGCAGUAAGAGAUAACUUUCUCCAGCAAUUGAAGUAAGAACCAUAAGGCCACCGGGUAUACGUACAUUAGUUAGCAUUGAAUGAACUUUAAAUACUAUUCUUGCUUACUAUUUAAUAUUGGCAGAACGGUUUGACCAUGAACUACCACCCACGUUCAGGGCCUGUUUAUUUUGAAGGUUGAAAAGGUCAGAACAUCAAAAACAAAAAUUUGUCCUAGCAAUUGCAAUGAAAAGGUAAUAUUUUUUAAAAGUUUUUCAAAAUUAUAAGUGAAGUGAUUUACAAAAACAUUCUUUCUGAUUAUAUUGUUCCAGUAGCAAUAGCUGAAUGUGAGGAACAUGCUUGUUGGGUCAGUUGUAGUUAUUUGAGAAAAUUUACACUACAAUUGUGUCAAUGCUGUAUCUACAAAUUUGUGAUCAGUUUUUGUAAUGACUUGUUUUAUAAAUUUUUUUAACACAAUUCCCACUGACUGCCAUGAAAACAUAAUUGACUAUGAAUAAUGAUAAACAUUUUCAAGUAAAGUGGAUCUAUUAAAAUGUAUUGUAUUUACAAACAUGUGCUACUUCCAAGGUUGCUUUCUCGGCUGUGCGUAGAAGGGAAACUGGUAUAAAAUAAUGUGCAAUAAAAACUAUACCUAUUGCACACAAUCUUCUGACUUUGCCAUGACCUUUGUUCUAAACAGAACAUUAGCAGAAGAAUCCUUUUCUAUUAGUCUUCUUUUUCAUGAUCAAUGAUCAACUGGUAUGCUUAAGUUUAUUAAUAGGUAGGGCUGUGAUUUAUAUAUAAUAAAAACAGCAAAAAAUGUUGUAUAAAUAUAUUUGGUAAUAUCUGCAAUUUAAAAAAGGAAAAUAUGUGAAAUAGUAUAAUGUAAUGUGUAAGUGUAAAAAUAAAAUGUUUAAUGUGGAAAAUCUGUUUACAGCAAAAAGGUUACAGAAAUCAUAUAAAUAUACUAGCGACAAACAAUGUCAAAGGCUUAAAUUUGAAGAACACUCAUUUCUUGAAAAAAUAAUGGAAGGUGCAGUUAAUGUACAUUUCACAAAAUAAAAUAUAAAUAUUGCAACAAAACUAUGACUUCUUGUCAAUUCACGACAAAUUCCCAAGCCUGACUCUUUUAACACCAUUCUACGUUUGUGCCAUGUCUGGGCCCGUAUAGAUGCUUGGCGAAUGCACUUUUCAUUUUGACUGAUACUCCUGAUGACAGGACUUAGCGUGCUUCUUGGGCGACUUUGUACGAGUCAGGCGAGCAGCAAUGCUGAUUCGGGGCUAUGGUAACUUAAACAAAUCCUCCGAAGCCCAUCCCCGAACAAAUCCUCCGAAGAGCAGGUCACAUGAUGUACCAUAGCAAGUGGCAAGAGAGCUGUCAAAGCCUUACACGCUGACAGAACUGUAACUUUUGGCCUUUUUUUCGGGGAUGAGGGGUGAAUAUGCGACAAAAAAUGCAAACAUGCAAUUAUGAUGAUAUAUGCGAAAUAAAAAUAGUUUAAAUUGUUUCUAAAUUUCUCAAAACAUAUAAAAUAUAUUGAAACGGGAUGUUUUAGCUCACAGAAAAAAUAUGCAAAUGCAUGUAAAUCACAGCCCUAUUAACAAGUAACAAUUGCGUUUAAAUUUGAAAGAUUUUUUUUUUUUUUUAAGGUUCAGAUGUUUUAAAUUGUGCUCUCUUCUACAAAUACUAGUAUUAUUGUUAAUUCAGGUUCAUGAAAAAUGUUCCAGAUUAGCAUUAAAAACACACAUGUAUUUAAAUUUGUUUAUACUUAGUUGUGACAUAGAUAUGAUAAAAAGCGUGGAGAUUGUGUGUGUUUGAAAUAAUUUUAAAAUAUAGAUUUUUAAUUAGGCAACCUGAAAGAGCUUAUGAUGUGGGGUGUUGUGAUACUUGUUUGGUGCGUUGUGUGAAAAAUGUAAUGGAAUAAUUCUAAAAUUUACUGUCAUUUUUCAGUUGGUUAAAAUUGUUUUGGAUAUUAUCUACAGAAAAUUUUUAUUUUUGUUGAGUUCUUAGUUAUUGUUACGAUAUAAUUCAUAUACUUUUGUUUGUGUGAUUGUUUGUUAAUGUACAGUGCUUUUAAUUUUCGUUGUUUUUUGGACAUACUCAGUAUUUGAUUCCAUUCCUGGUGAAUGAGAUGAAACGUUUAGUUGUGAAGAAGUGUUAUUUGACUUAAGAAUACCUUCAAAGUUAUAUUUUUUUAUGACCCAAUAAAGUCUACUUUGAAGCAGAAAAGUGUUUUAAUAGAUAAAAUUCCUAGAGGAAUAGAGAAUUUUGGCACGGGAGAAGCAUUACACCAAUUGACAGCACUAUCAAUCUUUCGCACACGUGCAGUUCAAGUUUCCCAUCACUUUUGUAGUUUUGCACAUGCACACAAGAUGGAGAUAGCAGUUGAUUAUUGUAUGCUUUGCUAUGCCAAAAUUCCUUGACAUUUAAAUAUCUUAUUUCAGAAGGCAGUAUUUCCUUUUAGCCGGUUUUAUUUUAAAUAUGGGGUGACAGACCAAAAUAUAUUAACUUCAAAAUUUAUUACAGUUUAGUUAGAAACAAAUUCUUAAUCUAUGCUAAUUUUUAUGAUUGUACACUAAAGACAUGCCAAAUCAAUAAUAUUAAGUUAAUUUAAGUUAUAGAACAAAUAUAAUUCCACAGAUAUUGCUGAACACCAUUACCUCUUCAAAACACCUGUAUUCUGUCGAGGAGUUUGUGAUGCAUUUUGAUGCUUUUCCUGAAAUGGACCAUCUUCUGAUUUAUUCAUAAAAUGCUGCUCUAUGCAUGUGCAAAUACUGAUUGAGCUAAGACUGUCUUAUUUAAUUGUGAACUUUUGAAAAACUGAAAAGGAAAAAUAAAGUUAUUUUGCAGAUAAAAUUG